UGGUGCACAGCCAGCCGUCUGCUUUGAAAGCUUCAGCUCACAGUGUUUUCCUUCUCCUGCUGCACAGGCUGUCAUCAGAGAGGAGGAAACUCUGUAGACUCUUCCUUUUCAUGUCCUCAUCUCCAGACGCCUCGCUUGCAUCUGCAGGUCAGAUGUUGAGCUGUCUUUGAAUCUAUUUUGAGCUUUCCCUGUUCGUGCUUUAUUUCAGAAAAAUGAGGGCUGAAGUGCUAGUCGUCUGGGUCGGACUGAGCCUUUGUUGGGUUCUGGUCAGCACUGAAGAACCUGUGGAGAAGCAGCAGCUUUCAAGAGUCCAGGCUCAGGUGAGAGAACCCCAAGGACUGAUCGGACCAAGGACAGAAGAGGAAAGGGAACUGUCAGACGAGCCAGCUGAAGUUGCAGUAGAGGAGAAGACAAAACCAAAGAAAAAGAAAACCCCUGAGGAAAUCGAGGCCGCCAAAGCAAAGAAGGCGGCAGAGCGAGAGGCUAAAGCGAAGAAGCAGAAAGGUCCAAAGCCCACCAAGAAACCUAAAACCCCAAAGCCAACCAAGAAACCAAAGCCACCAAAGUCCACAAAGAAGCCAAAGGUGCCCAAACCCACCAAGAAACCAAAGCUGACAGUGACCACGGUGCCGCCAGAGACGCUCCCUCCUCUGGAGGAGAAGGAGGAAGAGGAAGUGGGCCUGGGUUCAACAACUCAGCCUGAGAUUCAAACAGAGCCCGUUGAGCCAGACCUGGGUAAGACACAUUUAUUCUGAGUGUAUUAAUCAGUG